AUGUCGAGUGGGCUGCAGGCCGAGAACCGGCCCCGCCCUAAGAACAUUGACGAGGUGGCGUCGCAGCAGCAUGCAGUGACUGUGCUGCGUAAUGCGCUGAAAACCGCCAAUCUCCCCCAUAUGCUCUUUUACGGCCCCCCCGGCACCGGCAAGACGUCGACGAUCCUGGCGCUUGCGCGGCAGCUGUACGGCCCCGAGCUGAUGAAGUCGCGUGUGCUCGAGCUGAACGCGUCCGACGAGCGCGGCAUUGCCGUCGUCCGUGAAAAGAUCAAGUCGUUUGCCAAGAUGGCCGUGUCGGCGCCCAACCCGAAUUACCCCUCGCCGCCGUACAAGGUCAUUAUCCUGGACGAGGCGGACAGCAUGACGCAGGACGCCCAGGGCGCGCUGCGCCGCAUUAUGGAGCAGUACAGCCGCACGACGCGCUUCUGCCUGGUGUGCAACUAUGUUACUCGCAUUAUUGAGCCGGUCGCGUCGCGCUGCAGCAAGUUCCGCUUCCGUCCGCUGGACCUGGAAAGCACCGAGGACCGCCUGCGGUACAUUGCGCGCGAGGAGGGCCUCGUGCUCAACGACGAGCUCAUCCCCGCGCUCAUACGCGCAUCGGACGGCGACAUGCGCCGCUCCAUUACCUAUCUGCAGUCUGUCGCGCGCCUUGCGGCGGCGCGUGGCGGCGACGUGCGGGAUAUGUCGGGCGACGCAGUGGCCGAGCUCGCCGGGAUCGUGCCCCACCGCGUGAUCGAAAUGCUCGGCCAGAGCGUCGGCGUCGAGCCCGCGUCGAUGGACGUCGACGAGGACGUCAAGCCGGCGGGCACGCCGUUUGACCGUGUCUCGGCGGCGGUCCAACACGUGGUGCGCGAGGGCUACUCGUGCAUCCAGGUCCUGCUCCAGUUCCACGACUAUGUGAUUAUGCACCCCCUGCUCAACGCACGGCAAAAGACCCGCGCUGCCAUCCAGUUUGGCCAAACCGACAAGGCGUUGAUGGACGGCGGGAACGAGGCGCUGCAGCUGCUGAGCCUCGGCCUGCAGCUCCACCAGGCGCUCGCUCGUAGUGAUUAG